AUGGACAGUACUUGUAAGAAGAUUCCGUUCAUCGACCAUCACUUUCAAACCUCAUCGAUCGAUACCUGCACGCGAAUUCUUGCACCAGCCCUUUUUCCGGACUGGGCACCCACGAAUUCAAACUUGGAGAUUACUAAAUUGACCGAGGGCACCACAAAUUCAGCAAGUCAUGUCUCAGACCCUUACUGUACCAAGCAGAGCUGACGCCUCCAGCUUUUCAAAGCGUCCCACCGUUCUCGCGAUGUCGACGCCAGUGUCCUGAUCAAGGUAUAUGGCUCAGGAACCGAUAUCACCAUAGACCGCGAAAGUUUGUCUCCAUAAAUCCGAUAAGCAACUUCUUGUCUGACAUUACAUCAGAGGAGCUUUCUUUCCAUUGCGUACUCGCGGAACACAAGCUAGCCCCGGCACCACUGGUACGUUUCAGCAAUGGGCAUGCAUAUCCUUUUGUUGAUGGUAGGAUAUGCUCGCUUGAAGAGCUACCACAAAAGGAAAUCGGGUAUUGUGUCGCCCAAGAAAUUGCAAAUUGGCAUGGCUACCUUCCUAAGUUGGACCCGAGAUCACCGAAAAUACAAUUCGAGUCAGUCUUGCCGAGUGAUCUCUUGAUCCAGCCCAAUGUUUGGAUUACGGCCCAGAAAUGGCUUAACUCUAUUCCUGAGGCUUCGGAGGCAGAGAAAGUAACCAAGGAGAAUCUGACAGAAGAGUUUACAUAUCUGCUGCAAAGACUUCAUGGAGGUGGUGGUCAGGAAGUAAGUUGGCAUAAUUAUGCGUUAUUUCACUUUUUCACAGUAUAUCUCUGCAUUAAUCACAUUAAGACUUAAUUCCCUAAUCUCACCCUCAGGCUCAUUACCCGUUCACUUCUGACCUAGAUAGAUGGUCUUCACCCACGGUGAUCUUCUCCAUGCCAAUAUUGUGAUUACAGAUUCAUCUAAAUCCAAUGGUCUCAGCGUGAGCUUCAUUGACUAUGAGUAAACUUCUCCACUUUUGCUAUUGCUCGUCUAGAUAUUACUAACACUCGUACCAGACAUUCUACUUUUGCUCCACCGGCUUUCGAGCUCGCAAAUCACUUUUCAGAAUGGGCUGGUUUCGCUUGUAAUUACGAAUCACUUCCCUCCCGAGACCCGAGAAUGUCGUAG